AUGGACAGACAGAUGGCCGACCUAACGCGCCAGAUGGACCGUGACAUGGACAAUGCCUUCCGGGAGAUGGACAGGGCCAUGGACCGCUCUCUCCUGGACCUUCAGCGCGACAUGCAGCGGGUGGACGAGGAGGUGGCGCGUGCGGUGCGCGAGGCGCAGCAGCAGGUGCCCAGCGUCAGGGUGGAGCGCUCGGAGGCGCGCAGCUACAGCAGCUACAGGUACUACGAAAGCAUCGAGAUACGCAGCGGCCCGAUGACCGCUGUGGCCCCUGCCUCUGUCGCCGCCGCCCCUGCGGACGGCCUCUCCAGCGCCCUCCUCCUCACCGCGGUCGCGCUCGCCGCGUCCUGGGCGGCGGUGACGGCGCUGUUCGCGAAGAACUUCUCGCUCACCACGUACAGCGAGGCGGCCAGGGGGAAGCUGCUGCUGGGGUGGCCGUACCUGGCGGCGUUCAGUCGGAAGUUCAGGUCGCAGUUCCUGUCGGCCCUGAGGGGUGAGAAGGUCAAAGUGAAGGACGCGGAGGACGGCGGCGCGAGCGACUGA